AUGAAGAACUACUCCCUCACGCAUUGGUCAUCUUUGCUUCAAAGAAGCAAAGAAGUACUUAACGUGGCAAAGCCCAUUGUUCCUACGAUGAAGCAGCAAGGAUUGUUAUCACAGUCUAUAUCAAGAGUCCAGAUAAGCACCAUGGCAGUUAAAGACGAUUUGAUAGUUGCUGGAGGGUUCCAAGGAGAGCUUAUCUGUAAGAGAAUCAACGAACCUGGAGUUGCAUUCUGUACUGUUCUAACAUCAGUUGAAAACGACAUCACAAACUCUGUUGAUAUAUACAACGCACCAAGUGGCUCAUUAAGAGUUAUCACCGGGAACAAUGACUGCACCGUCCGUGUACUUGACGCUACAAACUUCACCUUCCUCAAUAGUUUUACCUUUGACUGGUCGGUAAAUAACGUUACGGUGAGUCCAGACGGGAAGCUAGUAGCUAUCUUAGGAGACAGUCCCGAGUGUUUACUAGCCGAUGCUGGAUCAGGUAAAGUAAUCCACAGUCUCCAAGGCCAUCUCGACUACUCGUUUUCAUCAGCAUGGCAUCCAAAUGGUUUCUGA